AUGGGUACUCAACGUAUACUCUCAGCCGAAUGCUCUUACGACGGAAGUGCAACUCAAGUCGAUUUAUUCAACCUUGUCAAACUGAACGAAACUGUGGAUAUUUUGCAGAAGAGAGUGCAAUCGAUAGAGACUGACAUCAAGGACGUUUGCAGCAAUACACAAUAUGUAGCAAAUGAAGUUCGAAUGACUCGGGCGGCUGGUGGGAACCAAUUUUCAGAGAAGAAUAGCGACAUUGAUCCAAACGAGCACCAACAGCAACAGCAGCAACAGCAGCAACAGCAGCAACAGCAGCAACAGCAGCAGCAACAGCAGAGAAAAGAAUACGCUGCUAGUUCUUCAAACAGCAUCGCACGAAGCCCUCGCAUGAACAACAUGAACAACCUGCUGGCUACAUCAAAUACACAAUGGUCACUUUCACUCACUCCAAAAGGACUUCGCAUUGAUACCAACAUUGUGUCAUUACAUGAUUUAUACGACAUUUUACUAUCCGGAGUGUCUCAAUUCGAUUUGACUGGUGGAUCGUGUAUGCAUGAGACAACCAACACCAUUGAUUCAGCAUCUCAAUCGUCAGGCUCAAGUUCUUAUGCUCCGGAGAGUCCGCGCCCUGAAGCCGCUACUGUGUUGAGAAAGAAAUCUUUGUGGAAGACUCGCCUCAAGACGUUUCCAUUGUACAGUAGUUGGGAACCUCAAGGAAAAAGCAAUGACAGUAAUAGCCAAAUUGAAGAUUUGUCAAACUCGGGUCAUACGAGAAGCAGUAGCGCAGUAUCAUCCACUUCAACUCUAUCUUCGUCGCUCUCUGAAUCCAUACCAAAAGAGACAUUGCACCGCAUGGUAUCCAUAUUCUGUAAAUGCUUUUUGUGUCUGCCUUGCCCUGAACCAAAUAGGUCCAUUCUUGCCAGAUUUGAAAAUGGAACACUUGAUCCACUACUGGCCAAUGCGGUGCUUGCAUGGACAGCUCGACACACAGCGAUCUAUCACAACCUAUUUCCCGGAAAGGAUCCCAAUCAAGUAGGACAAAAUUUCUUUACAAAGGCGAAAUCACUUGUCAAGGAUCGAUUCAUGAAGACGAGCAUAGACACCAUGCACAGCCUAUUGAUCAUGUACAUUUAUGCGAUUGGUAUUCCCAGUGAGCACAAGGCUGAGGUUGAAUCAGAAGCAUACAUCUACUUGGGUUUGGCGAUACGCAUGUGCCUGGAUCUCAAGAUGAACUCAGAAUCCAGUAGCCCUGAUCCAUACGACAAGGAGAGGAAUCGACGCUUCUUUUGGGUGCUUUAUUUCCUGGAGACAUUGGGAUCCAUCCAUUCGGAUAAACCAUUUUCUCUGCCACCCAGAAAUAUGGUGACAGUUCAAUUCCCCACGCUAAUGGAGCAUGAAAAGCAAGGAGAAGCAAGAUACAGAGUGGAAUUCAUGAUCCAGAGGUUCAAGAUUACUCGCAUCUAUCGAAACAUCAUUUAUCGAACAACGGUCGAAAAGCCAUUGCUAUCUCAAAUAUCAGCCAUUGACAAGGAGCUUGAAGAGUGGAGAGCAGCACUGCCCUCUUACUUGAAGUACGAGGCGGGAGACAUUCACAAACGACGCUGGAAUUCGACUUCAUUCAGAGAGCAAGCCUGCAUCAAGUUGAACUUUGAAUACAACUUCCAAUUAUGUCAAUUGUAUGGUUUGUUCUUUUCGAAACCUGGACCUGACGAUGAUGAUGAUAAUGAACAACACCCACCCUCUACCAUUGAAGUGCUGUCGAGAGAGAUCUGCCUCAAAGCAGCACGUAACACUGUGGAAUUACUCGAGUGCUGGGUUCAACUGAAGCAGCUGUGGUGUCACUUUUCACUGGAGAACCUGAUGAUGACUACCAUGAUCUAUGGAAAUAUUUUGACGCAGCCCAAUGAUGGUGAACGGGAAAUUGCAAUAAAAAAUUUGGCAAAAAUAGCCAAGAUUUUGUUGAAUUCUCCUGUACGACAUCACAAAUAUGUGCUCACACUUGUCAGCAAGAUCAGUCUCAUCUUUAAAGAAAUUUUGCACACUGAAUUGUUUAUCGAUGGUAAAGGUUUACCCAGCGAAUCUGUAUCAAUGGUUGCCAAUGACCCACAACAGCCACAAGACCAAGAUGUACAAGUUCAGCCUCCUCCAGUCACCGCUACAGCACAAUCCACAACACCACCACCUCAAUCCACAUUACAACCACAUCAACAACAACAACAGCAGCAGCAGCCACUGUCACUGCCCUUCACAUCACAGCCAGCAGUGACUCCAAUGGCACCAGCAUCAUCUAUCCUGUCACCUCUAACACAGGGGCAACAUACCAAAACUAGCUCCAUGCCAAUCAGCACACCUCAAAGCAGUAUUCAGCCUAUUUCAUUGACAAAUCCAUUCACUCAAAGAAACCCACUUUACAACGUGCUUGAUGUUGCUUCUGCUUCGUCUGUAUUUGACAUUCACAAGACUGACACAUUCUCAGAGGAUAUGCAUUUCUCUGAUUUUGUCUACACACCCACAAUACUUGACUAUUCGGCCGCUGUCAACAAUGCAGGCAUGUUGUCUAGUACUGUUGUAUCAUCUCCUAAUGCUAGUGGAAGGCCGGAUUUCAGUCAACAGCAACAAAGCAAGAAACCAGACUACACGGCAACGAUGGAGGAUAACUUCCAGCAACAACAGCACUAUGCAUCGCCAUCUCAGCAGCAACAAUACAACUUUGGGUUUAGUGGUAAUACUGCGCCGGCAAGAUCCAGCAUGACAACGCCUUCUUCGUCCAACGUCAAUACACCUAAUCAAAAAAGCUCGCCAUCACAACAUAGCAUGUCUCCACCUCCCUGGCUGCAGAUUUCCUCUGCAAACACCAAUGCUGCUCCAUCUUCAUCGCAGCCCAUCUUGCUGAAUCAUCCAUCAGAUAAUCCUCAACAACAACAGCAGCAUUAUAUGCCCAUGAAUCCUGGUUUCAAUACGAAUGGACAGACAUUCUCUGAUUCUCAAGCUCCUCAACAACAGACAAAUCAACCUCAAUCAUCCGCACCCAACCCAAUGAAGAAUUACUAUGACAAUGCACCACAUUAUAGUAAUCCAUACUACUAA